AUGGCCUUCGGAUAUAAGAUAUCUGCUGAUCCUUCAGGCGAAUCUGUUGAUCACAAGACUUAUAGAGGUAUUAUUGGCUCUUUGAUGUACCUCACUGCAAGCCGACCAGAUAUAGUCUUUGCAACGGGUGUAUGCGCAAGGUACCAGACUGACCCAAAAAUGUCACACAUGACCGCAGCCAAGCAAAUCCUAUGGUACUUGAAGGGUAGCAAAACUCUUGGAUUAUGGUACCCUGCAGGAAAUGAUUUCAGUCUUCAGGCAUUCACAGAUGCGGAUCAUGUUGGAUGUAAACUUGUUCGCAAAAUCACCUCAGGUGGACGCAAAUUUUUGGGUGGAAGACUCGUCAGCUGGUCAUCAAGGAAACAAAAUUGUGUAUCAUUGUCUACCACAUAA